AUGGCGAAGCCAUCUGUGCUGCUACAACGCGCCAUCAACACCCUGAAUCGAACCACCCGACCGUCUGGCUACAGCAGUCACUUCCUGAUGUUCGGUACGCAACCCGCUAGCCACCUCGCAGCACACGAAGUGGUACAAUACACCAGAGACCCCACAGAAGAAGAAGAACAGCAGGCUGAGCGAUUUCUGGCACAGAAUCACGAAGCACCGCUAGCCAGGGGUAAUGCCAACCGCCUGAAAGCCUCUCGAGCCCAGAUACGAGCGUAUCUGCAGGAGAAAAAGGGCCUGAUCCGUGUUUUUGCACCAGGAGACUGGGUACUGCGUGUGCGUCAACGCACAGCAAAACACGAACCCUUUUAUGAUGGUCCCUGGGCUAUUGUGAGCUGCCACGCUGGCAACACGUACAAGGUACGCAGCCCAAGGGGCAUUGAACUGCAAAACAAGUACAAUGGCACCAAUCUCUUCCCUGCUUACGUACACGAUGGCCACCCCGUUCGUUCCUUAUGGUACGCGAGCAAGACCAUGCUGGAGAACUAUAGAAAACAGCUCGAGAAGAUGCUGUUGACUGACGAAGAAGCUCUUCUGGCUGCAGAAAACACCAGAAAAGCUCUCCAGGCGUGA